AUGAUUAUUGACUUAAGCUAAAACCCAAAUAUCAGUUUGACUAUUUUUAAUUAAGGGACUAAAAAGUUGACAAAAGAUAUAAAUAAAAUUGGAGAGUAUAGAUACUGGGUAAAUAUUCUGAUAAACAAUAUAGUUGCAGGCUAAGUUCCUUUACAUAUUUCUAUUAUAGCUCAACCAAAAAAAGAAGUACAAGUUAAAAACAAUACUGUUUUGAAAGGUUAAGAUUAUCAUCAGCUAUUUUCAAAUGCUACAAAGGCCAUAGCAAUUAAGAUUUUCAAACAAGAAACUUCUAAUAAUAAUUCAACUUUAAUAGAUUAUUACAUUACUGAUUUUACAAGAAACCGUGUAACACUACAGCUUAUAUUUACUAAUCCUCAAUAAGUUUCUCAAUCAAUUUUAGUAAGGCAUUGA